GGGAGGAGGUGAUGCGAUGUUUUCAUACGUGUCGGCCAUUUUGUCACCACUGCGAAAUUGACUGCGGGAUGGCCACGUUCCGUCAGGCCUCGGAUAACGAUGCUUGGGCUCUUCUAGCGCUCAAAUCUGCCCCUGCCAGCCCUAGCAGGGUCCCGUGGAUCGACGAUGGUGACAAAGGCAGCGUCAUCGCCCGCCUGGAGGGCCGGGACUUUGAGUUUUUGGUCCGAAAAACUCGCAUCACGAUCGGCCGCAACAGCAAGCAAGGCGAGGUAGAUGUAAACAUGGGACACUCCAGUUUUAUCUCGCGUAAACACCUCGAGAUCGUCUACGAAAACGGGAACUUCUUCCUGAAUUGCAACGGGAAAAACGGUGUUUUCGUUGAUGGGGUGUUCCAACGAAGAGGUGCACAGCCCCUCCAACUCCCUAAAACAUGCUUGUUGCGGUUCCCGAGCACCAGUAUCAAGAUCAUGUUCCAGGCGUUGGUCAGCGAGCAGAGCCCGCCGCCGGUCAUGCCUGAACCCUUCCCCAUCAAGCGCAAGAUGAUGCCGCCCCUCAAGAUUGACAUCCCCCCUGCGGAGACCACAUUCGGCAGUCCCUUCCCUUCACCCACUGGCACCAUAAGCGCUGUCAACUCGUGCCCGACAAGUCCCCGCGGCGGGACGGGAGCCAACUCCAGGAGGAACAUCACCCCUGACCUCCAGGCUGCCGCACUCGCUGCGGCUGCGGCAUCCUCGGCCGAAGAUAAGGACGGAGGACACUCCUCGGGCAACGACAUGGGCAGCCCUAAAGAAGAGUCCAAGCCACCUUACUCCUACGCACAGCUCAUUGUACAAGCCAUCAUGUCAUCAUCAGACAAGCAGCUGACACUUAGUGGUAUCUAUGCAUAUAUCACCAAGGCGUACCCCUACUACAGAUCAGCUGACAAGGGAUGGCAGAAUUCAAUCCGGCACAACCUGUCCUUGAACCGGUACUUCAUCAAAGUUCCUCGCUCCCAGGAGGAGCCCGGUAAGGGUUCCUUCUGGCGGCUGGACCCUAGCUCAGAGGCUAAGCUGAUGGAGCAGGCCUACCGCCGGCGACGCCAGCGGGGCGUGCCCUGCUUCCGCACACCGUUUGGUGGGGUUUCAUCCAGUAGGUCAGCCCCAGCCAGCCCCUCCCACACGGUGCAGUACAUCAGUGGUAUCUUCACCCCAGACAGCUUGUCCCGGGAAGGCUCCCCGGCGCCCAUGCCCGUCAGCGACUCGGGCGACCACGCCGUGCUGGAUCACCAAAGGUUCACUCAGGCUAUGCAAGAGCAAGUGAAACGCAGCAUCUCCAGCCCGGGUUCGCCAGUCCACCCACCGCCCUCCUUCCAGCAGCAGCAGCAGCAGCAGCAGCAGCCCCAACAGCCCACGGGGUCCACUCAGCCCCUGGCCAUACCCCCAGUUAGCUCCCAGACCCUGCAGAGCUCCCCCUUUGGCAUGGCCCUACACCGGAUGCCGCCCCAUGCAGCCUCAGUCAUCACCUCCGCCAAGGGCUACUCUAUGCCAGUAUCGACAGCCGCUACUCCCGUCAUGGUGCCCAUGAUGACAGGAAUCAGUAACGGCUACCAGAACCAGCCCACAGCCAGGGAGGAAGUGUCCUCCACGGAUGGGGCUAAUGGUCUCAAGCAGCAACAGCAGGAUAUGGAAGGCUAUCCGGAAGACGUUAAAAAAGCCAUGGUGCCCAACAGUAACACCAACAACGCUGCCAACAACAACGGCAGCAUUCACCAGCAGCUACACCUACAGCUCCAGCAGCAGCAACAACAGCAGCAGCAAAAACAGCUGCAGCAGCAGCAGCAGCAGCAGCAGCAGCACCCCUCAACCCUUCCCCAAGCUCCACCCCAGUCCAAAGGCAUGGUCAACUCUAGCCAGCCGCAGCCCGAGGGCGCACCCCACGUGGUGACCGUCGCAGGCACCUACCAGCCACCAACCAGCGUCUUCUACCGGCCACAGCCCCCACAACCUCAGCCCCAGCUGGCGGCCAGCGGCACGGUCAUCAGCUCUCCACUGGUCAUGCUGGCAACCUCGGCCGCUCAGUCGCCCACAGGAAGCCCCGCCAAGCGCCGUAUGGAAGGCAUCGCCGAGGAGCCCAUGGAGGACAACCGUAAAAUGGUCAAAGUGGAGGGACCGCAAGAUUCAUGAAUCGCUCGUUCAACCGGUAGGUUGCUGAUCAUGGAAACACAUGAGGGAUGGUGGCUAGUUUUAUAGCCCUAUUAACUAACUUGCUGAAUGUCUACCUUACUUUAUCCCCUUCCAAGUCUAGUGUUACAUUAGCUCCAAAGCAGUAGUCUGUAUGCUUCAACACAUAUGAGAGAAGAUAAAUUAUUGUGCACGCACACUGGAUAAGAAUCGGUACAAGUAGAAAUUUUGCGCAUGCCACGCGUUCGCUUUAAAUUGAUGUCUUUUAGUCCCUUCUUCACAAAGAUGUUUCAGGAAGCACUUGUACAGCUUAGUUGAAUCUGGGUCGCGGACACCCAUAUAACGGGAAAGACCCUUGCUGGCAUGUGUUGAGUACAUUUAUGUACUCAUAUGAACACAUAGCCUUGCUGUUGUUAAAAGGCACUUAGGGCUCAUUGGUCCUGUUUUGGUCUGACUCGGCAAUACUUGAUGAUUGACCAUUGCAGGGGUUGCUAAUAGUCGCAGUGCCUUCCGUAGCAAUUUAAGAAACUCACAGGCUACCAUGCUUAAGCACUUACAGGCUCUAAAGCUUGUACUAAUGGCCAGUGUAAACAACUUAUUGAAAGUUAAUAAUUUGUAUCUGCUGUAACACUGUAGCAACUGUCCCCCUGUACGAUCAACUUACAGGGGUCAUGCAUCUGAUUAUUAAAGGCGGAAUCGACGCACAACUUACUGGAUGACACUUGUAGCCAUGUUAGUUUGCCGUAGUUUUAGCACAUGUAGUUGUUUAUUUAGCUUCGUCGUCACAGCUGUGGGAAAUAAAAAAGUAUUAUGCGUAUCAAUAUAAAAGAGAAGCCUCAAAAAAAAUCUUAGAAUAAGGUAAGAUUACAAUUCUGAUUCUUUGCUUUGUGUUACUUUAAGAAAUUAAAAGAAGAGUAUUAUUUUGUGGCCAAAUUUGUUUUGAAUCAGGAAUUGUGUCUUGUAUUGCUUUCAUUGUUAACUGGUGGAUAAGUUUUUGUACAGUUUUUGUUAUGUUUUAAGAAGUCAGCGUGGGCUUGUUUUAAUUGUUUUAUACAUGUAACGGGGGAGCUGGGGCAUUGAUUAUCUUAAAGGGUUGUGGGAACGUAACUUUUUUUAUUAGACGGCUGUUUCAUGCACAGUUCAUUGUAAAGAACGAAAUACUGAUUAUUACUUAUUGGAAAUAAUGAUGUAUGAUAGUACAGUUGUUUAUAAAAAAAGUGAUCUAUUUAGUUUUAUAUCUCGACUGGAAGCUUUAUUUUACAGAAAUUAGUUCUUUGCAUUAACUAACUUUUUCUCAUCUUGUUAUUUUGCUAAAAGAUGCGAAUACACUUAUGACCUUUUCUAGGACUGGCCUUUUUCGAAUAAUUUAGUAUUCGAUUACUUGAAACUGGGUUUGACCGAAUAUUCGGGUGUUUGAAACUGCCACCUACAACUGCGUGCCGCGCUGGUCAAAAGUUGCAUGCAGAGCGCGUUAGUUAAAAUUUGCACGCGGCGAUUGAUAUGGUGUGCUGGAGUGCUUUGCAGUAUUUUGUAACUGUCAAGACCUUUCACCUGCUAAAAGGGUGGGAACAAUGAACCGCUGUGGACAAACAAGUGGCACCUGACAAUAAAGCGCUGAAAUUUACGAUAAAAUAACAUCACAGUCCUAUGUGUAUGUGCAUUGUUUAUUCUUUUUUCCCCUAAUAUUCCAACGAAAAGCUUUUGCAAAUAUUCGGUUAAUGAUAAAAUAUUCUGAUAUUCAGUAUGUUGGGUACAGCUCUAACCCGUUCUCUAUAGAAAUUCACCAAACUAGCUUGAGACAUCGAUUUCCUCUUGAUGCUAAAGUUUUUAUUUACAAACCGUUUCUGGAAAAGAAAGUUUAAUCAUACAGUUUUGCAACAUUUAGUAACUACAUUACUAAGAUUUUGGCUAAAUUGUCAGAGGGGUUUGGUUCAAAGUGCAAAGAAAAAAGACUUAAUUUAUUUUUGUGAACCUGUCUAGAAUGUUAAUCUUACUCUAUCAUCGCUUUCAAGAUAUAUGUAAAAGCAAGUUGUAACAGUCUGUAUAACUCAGCUUUUUUUAGUGAUGAGCUUUGCAUAAAUAACGAAAUGGUUUUCUUAUUUGAUAGUAUAAAUGUAGAUUUAGAAGAAUUUAUAUCAAAGGAAUCCGUGAAGAGGUGUCAACAUGCAGAAAGAGGAAAAUUUGGGGGUGGAGACUGUUGUGCAGUGUAUUGUGGAAAGCUUUAUUUUAUAGAUACAAAGUAUUCAUUUCAAUUUUUUUUACAAGAGAAUUAUAAUAUAUCUGUUCCUACUAACUAAGGCCUGUUUCAACGUUUUCAACAGGACGCCUUGGAGAUUGCAUUUUCCAAUAUAUUUGUAAUACCAUCCAGUUGAUUUGUUCAGUUUUUGCAUGAUUUAAAAACUAUUUCAAAAAUUUACAAAGAAUACCCGUUUCCACGCCAACUUUUGUAAUAAAACUGUUCCCUCUUUUAAUUUUUUUUUUACUAUAAGUUGAGACUGAAAUUAAGAAGUUCAAAUUCAUCCCUCCCACAUGUUAAACCAGUUUUAUAUAUUCACUUCAUCUGACAAAGGAUAUUCAUUUGUACAUUUGGGAGCACUGUGGUACACUGGUCUGCCUAAACCACAGUUGUAGUUGAGUACUUUUAUCCAAGUACAAAGUACUGGCGAGUACCAAGCUAUCGAGUACCAGCCGCGUCCGAGUUCUUUGGCCCAUUAGAACGAGUACAGGUACCCAAGUUCAAGUACUUGGACCUUCGAGUACAAGUUUUGUGAAGCCGAGUCCGAGUACUGGGACCUCCGAGUAUGAGUACUUUAUGGAGAACGCAAGUGAAAACACUUCAAAUCUCAUCAAGUAAUGAGUGGAAACUGAAACCAUCAGUUCAGCAACUUGGAUGUUAUGGCCUUCUUUUGAGCAAGACUUCUUGAAAGUCAAAUCUCCAAGUGUGGAGAUGUUUUUUUUUCAUUCAAAAACUAAAUAACUCGAUUUGUCUCCGAGUUCUUUGAGCACGAGUACUUCGAUGACGGCGUGAGUACCGUGAAUUCAAGUCCGAUGAAUUCAAGUUCAAGUACGAGUACAAGAAUUCUCAAAAAGUACUGUAGUUGAACUUGAGUACGAGUAUCGAGUAUGAGUACUACAACACUGGCUUUAAAAAAAAAUCAAUAUAGAAAAUAGAAUGGUUGCGUGCAUUUUUGAGGAGGGUUUCCUAAUUAAGAGGUAUUAUUGGUUUGAUAUAGUUCACACUAAUGUGAGUCACUUGUAGGCUUACCUUGUUCCCCUGGGUGCUGUAACUUUUUGAGGCACAUAUGUAUAAUGCAGAAAAUCAAUCUAUCACUUUUACUUAGGUGAUUUCUUUCUAUAAAGUACCAGUUGAAAUAACUCCUAUAUUUAUGUUAGUUUUCAGACAAGAUUGCUAUACUAACUUUACAAGGUAAUGGAGCUAAUGCGUCUUGAUAUAGUUCAAGGAGAAUCUGAGAACCAUGAGCUUGAAUUCCAAAUAACAAUUUCUCACAAACAAUCUGCAAACACCUGAACCUAAUAGCAGAAAGACGGUUACGUAGAAAAUUCACUUUUUAGAUGGGAAGCAUUUUUUUUUUUGCAAAGAAAAAUUCAGUGUUAAGCAAAUGACCGAAGUGAUGUCCGUGUACCUUAUAGCUUUACGAUAGAGGACAGACACCAAAGGGAGAACAAAAAAUCAUUUCAUCUUGAGUGUUCGGUCUUUUGUUGAAAACGUCCUCGAUCGAACGGUUACGUGCUUAGUCUAUGGCAAAGUGUUAUAUAGCAGGGACAAAGGGAAACACAAAGCAUUGUCCUCGGGUGUAUAAAUUCACGACUGUAUGUUUCAUGAAGUUUUGAUUUCCAUGCGUUUUCUGGAACGGACGAAAUUACUAUGUUAAGGAGUUCUUUUUCAAAACAGAUCUUUUUGGCAUGUGAUUAUUAAUUUGUACGAUGCGUACUUUGUAUGGUUGUCAGUGGAAUAUACUCAACAUAAAAUGCUGUCAAAUCCAUAUACUAAAGUUGUCUACAAAUUGUAGAAAAUUGAAAGAAUAAGCAACAACAAAAAUUGUACAUAGAUUGUAUGAUUUAUUAAGCAAAGAAUAAAACUAUAAUUGUAGCCAAUGGGCACUUUGUAAAUAGCUGGUAUGCAGCAUUGCUUAGUGUUGUCAUUAUAAUAAACCUAAACAUAUUUCCACAAUUACUUAUGACUUUGAAGGCUUAAUGCUAUCCAUCACUGUAAGGAGUGCCUUUUGACAUGCACCCAAGAAUGUAAAUUACUGUAUGUAAAGCCAGCUUUAUUCCUACAGAACAAGUGUAAGUUGUGCUUUAAUAAACCGUUACUUUCAAGCAACGUGGACACUUGAUGGCUUCCAGUUACAGUGCAUGCGCAUGAAAUACUCGGGCCGUGUCCGAAUUAUGUGGCUACGGCUGGAAAUCACACACAGGUCUAUGGGAAGUGGCUGCAGCCGCUUCCAUAGGCACGUGUAAAUUCCGGCCGUAGCCAAGUAAUUCGGACACGGCCUAAGUCUACUUGUGUUGCUGCAUGCGGCAUUCAUUUUGUGUCCACUGUUUUAAGGAUGGCUUUGUCGUACAUCACAAGGGAACACAGUCUUGCGACAUACGAAGGGCGUGUCCUUAACAACGAGGCCAGUAGUAGGAUUCGAACCAUUUAACUUCAAGCUCAAGUCACGAGUCAAACCUUCCCCUUGGCUAAUUUUCCUCUCUUGAGUUGUACGAUUGUUAAAAUCGCAUCAUUUUAAUAAAACAUAAAAUAAACAAGCAAACUUCGUUGGGAAUUUUGUCUAAAUCAUUGAAUAUUAAAUUCUUUCUCGUUGGAUUGGUUCCAGAAAAAAUUCAUGGCUUCUAAACUGAAUUACAAAAAAAACCCAACGGAUUAGCUCUGUAAUGUUUCCUUUUGUAACAUUGAUGGAAAAUAUUUCUUAAAAGUUGCUUUCUCUUUAUAAAGAAUUGUAAAGCAUACAUGUUAAACACUCGGUAAUAAACUGUAUAUAAAAUAUCAAAACUUAGCUGAGCAUUAUAUACCUCAUCUGCAUAAUUGUCAUUAAUACUAUCAUUACGCAUUUUGUUUUCAGGAACAUUAGGUUGUGCUUUAAUUUUUGCUUUAUUAGUGUUGUAAACUUCUUUUUUUGAGUUUUUUUUUACAGAAGCAGCUCUUAAAAGGGAAAUUGUAAUUAUAAAAAUGCUACUAAGUCAGACUGGAGCCCAUUAUGUGUGUCUGUGAUCGUAAAUUGGCCAACUGAAUGAUUUCGUUGAGUUGUGUUGAUUAUUGUGUAGUGUAAUAAUGUCACCCACUGUUUGUAACGAUUGUCCCGAUGGGUAUGCGGAGUUAAGCAUGGACUCUGGUCGGUUUUUUUCCCCAGUGCAUUAUUCAAAUGCAUAAGAUAUCAACAAAUAAAAUUGUUGACACCGCCCAACAAAACAUACAAGUCAUUUCUCAACAUUCGGACGCAUAUACAGAGGACGUGCAGAUGACGUCAGCGGACUGCAACACGCAUGCGCUUUCCGCGUCGAAACAUCAGUUGAUAGUAACGUUAUUGCACGUCCUUUGUAACUUUGGGCAACCGCUGACUGCUACAAAAAAACACCAUUGAAAAAAAUACAAAUCAAUUUUUUUUUAAAGGCAUAGGGGCCUAUAGGAUCUUUUGCAUUUAUCCAAAACCGGCAUAUGGGAUCUUUUCCAUUUAUCGCAAACCGGCAUAUAAGAUCUUUUGCAUUUAUCUCUGCGCUAGUAACCUAGCGCAGUAUAAUUAUGUAUCAUCAAAAAGCUUACUUGGAUUAAAGAUCGUUAAUAGUGGUGCUAAACACCCAUGAAAUUAUUCCGUCUGGCUUGCUGUACGAAAUAGUGUUUCGUGAUCAAAAGGUGGUGCAUGCUUUUUCACAGUUUUCUCGAAAAGUGUAAUAUCCACUAGCUGGAAGUUCAACAGGUUUAGGUUUUGAACAUUCUUUGGAUUUGGAGUGUUAUUUGGGAACGAAACAAUGCAUUAAAAGCAAAUUAUUCUAUGUCUUAAAAUCCCUCACUUAAUAUGAAAAACAGAAGUUCCCAGAAGCCCCUUUUGUGACAUUCUAGCUCAAAAGCCUGAAGCAAACCGUACAGAGGAAAGAACAUAAUGUUCGGUAUUUACAGGAUGAAAACCCAGGAGUAUACAUUUCAGGGAAAACCUUAUGACCAGGCACGAACUGAAUAUUUUACAAGUCCAUUCGAACUUGGCUCGCCAAAACAGGGUACACAUCACCGCCUCAACCUUAAAAACAAGAAAUAACACAAGAACAUUAUAUAUUGGUAUGUUUUGUUUUAGAUAUUUGUACUUACCUUUUUUUUGCGAACAUUGUGGUGCCUAACCCCCCCCCCCCCGGCCCCAAAAAAAAUAAAAGAAAUAUAGAAAUACCAAAAUAUCGAAUCGAGAAAAGUUGUAAGUGGAUAGUCCUGUCUGUUUAGUAAGUGCAGUUUUUGAGAUUUGAUUCAACCUAUUGGCUUUUCGAACACUGAAAAUAACAGACUGGUGUCUUGUAAUAUAUUCAUUGUGGCAUAAAUUUUGCGAUUCAGCCAGCUGGUAUAUUUAAAUUAUUAAAAAAUAUAUAAAGAGGCAUGUAAAAAAAUAAUUCAAAGUGUGUUAUCUAAGAAAAAAGGAAGCAAUGUUAUCUAAAGCGUGACACAUGUUCACACACAGUUAUGUAUAUUGACGAUGUUUAUCUUGUAGCACGCUUAUGUGUUUACUGUCGUUUUUCGAUUUGAAAAUGCGAGUGCUGCAUUUCCAAAAAUGUUGCUACUUUUCAUUCAAGAUAUUUAUGGGGGGAAACACAAAGUUAAAAACUAAAACAAUUGGCUCUCAAAUUGUGGCAUGCUUGCUAACAAGUGAGUAAGUUUUCUAUAAAUGAAAUUGAUUUGCGAAAUACGACAGUAAAGUAAACAUUGUUACUGUUUUUCGAAGCCGCCACCCCACCCCACCCAACCCAACCUAACCUCGCCCCAGUUUAGUAUUUUCCAUUUUGCCUCGUCAUACAAGUUCCAUUCAAAUUUCACCGUGUGAAGGAUUUUCAUUAAUCAUUGUAAAGCAGUAUCAAUGGUUAAAAAAAAGAUAAAAGCGUAUAUCAUUAAACAAAAAACCUAUUUGUCUUUUGAACGACAUUGAUGACA